AUGGGUUGCUGUUCAAGUAUACUAAUCGAAGACGACUCCGAGCCCGGCUAUGGCGGCCGUAAGAUCCUAGCACUAAAGCGUCAUCGAUGGAAAGCCCCAGUUCCGCCACCGACAAGAACUCAGCUGGAGCGUGAUAGGGAGGAGUUCUGGGACACUGCCCCCAUCUAUGACGGACGCGCGGAGGUAUGGCAAGCGUUGAAGGCAGUCUGCUGUGACACCGAGAACGACCCAGACCAAUUACAAGCCAUCCUCGAUGAAGCCCGCAUCACCGUCCCCUCCUACGUCGCCCCUGAACUCACAGCCGCUGCUGCUGGUAAUAUUGACAGUGCCGAAGGAGGUGGAAGUGCGAGUCGGAGGAGUCGGAGGAACCAGAGACAGGACCCGAUGGCGCAGUUGGCGUGUUAUGAUCACUUGGGGAAUUUGUAUGUCGUUCCUUUGAGGAUUCUGUCGGAUCCUGGAAACCUCGUGGAGAAUUCUGGUCUUGGUGGUGGCAGUGGAGGAGAGGGAAGUAGUGGUAGAGAUGCGGCACAAUCGCGACGCGAGCAACAGCAGCAGCAGCAGCACAGUGAUAACCUGGUCGUGCCAGCGGAGCAACAAAGUCAAGAGACGACCGUCCGGAUUCGAGUCUCCAACAGCCAAAAGGAAGUGUCCCUGUCAGUACCGGGGUCACACACGACCAUUGGACAGAUCAAGGCACGCUUAGUCGAGGGAGGGUUCGUGAGGAGCGAGAAGAGUUUUAUGAGAGUGUUAUUCUUGGGUCGGGUUCUGGAGGAUAAGGAGCGUCUGGAGGGUGUUGUGCACUUCCAGGUUGGGGACCAGGGGACUGUACUCCAGGUCCUUGUCUCUGACCCGUGA